CACUGCGCCUGGGAAGCCAGAUAAAACAAAAAGAAUCCGACACUGCGGCAAAUAAUUAUGUGCAGCGGAAAUUCAAAAUGGACGGAUUCUACCAAAAGCAGAAUUCGGACAACUACGUAAACCAACAUACAAGUUGGACCUCGCAGCCAUCAGUUGACGCUCAGCCCUCGCUUCAUCAAUCGGCGUUACAAAACCCUACCGAAUAUUCGACUGCAGCUGGGCGUGAUUUUGCACGCUAUCGCAAAAUGACCGACUUUGAUCAGCCCAAGUCCGAUGAACCCCGAACAAAUCUCAUUAUCAAUUAUCUACCCCAAAGCAUGACUGAAAAAGAACUCUACAGUAUGUUCGUUACCAUCGGACCGGUCGAGUCUUGUAGGGUCAUGAAGGACUACAAGACGGGGUACAGUUAUGGGUUUGGAUUUGUCAACUAUGCAAAGGCGGAUGAUGCUGCAACGGCAAUUGCGACGCUCAACGGAUUGCAAGUUCAAAAUAAACGACUCAAAGUUUCCUUGGCCCGACCUUCCGGCGAAGAGAUUAAGGAGACCAAUCUCUAUGUGACCAAUCUUCCGAGAAACAUAACUGAGAGCCAGAUCGACAACAUAUUUAGUAAAUAUGGGCAAAUUGUUCAAAAGAAUAUCCUGAAAGACAAACUUACAGGCUUGCCACGUGGAGUUGCAUUUGUCAGGUUUGACAAACGUGAAGAGGCUCAGGAAGCAAUUAAUGGUCUACAUGGGACGAUACCUGAAGGAGGCUCUGAACCUCUCUGUGUCAAAAUUGCUGAAGAACACGGGAAACAAAAGGCCGCGUAUUAUGCUGGCUGGCAGGCAGGCUACAACCAAAGUCGGGAUAAGAUGACCGCCUCAAGGUCCGACUCUAAUGGCUUCUCGCACUCGCUUUUAGAAUAAACCCCCUUCACUUGUUUUUUUGGGAUUGUUCAUUUUCAUGCAGCUGCCGGUUGUAGCUCUUCAGUGCUUUCCUUUGUUUUUUUGUUUUGAGUUUUAUAUGGCUAGUUUUUUUUUUCUUUGUUUUUUUUUAUACUACUUAAUUGUGAAUACGGUUGAUAAAGAGAAGAUAUAAGUAUGUAAGGACUUUGAAAGUUUAAAAGAAGAAAAAGACGAAAACAAUUGAGCAACUACAUUUUGUCCAAACAUUAUGUACUAUGCAUAUCCCAAAAAUUCUUGUUGAUUAAGCACUAAAUUUUGAAGAAGAAACUCCAUAUAUAAUUAGUAAAAGUGUUGUGUUGUGUGCAUCAUGAACCAUGAUAAAUGCAUAGAAUUUUGUUUGACUAACAUUCAGAUGGUAUGCAGUUAUUCAUAUUUUUUUUUUUUUUGUGUUUGUAUUUAGUAUUUCUUUGUUAUGAUAUAAUUAUUGUAACAGCUUUUGUUUAUCAUUACUAUUAUGAAGCAAUAUCGAUACAUAUAUUAUCUUAGGUAUUAUAUAAUUGGUAUUGUAAUUAUUUCCAUAUCUGAAAUACACUUUACGUGAUUACUACAUAGGCUUCUACUUUCCACCUCUUCCUUCAGGAUAAAUAACGUUCUGUCGUACUGAAUAGCAAAAGCAUUCUGACAAGAUUAGUCGAAUUAAAGUAUAUUUCUUCUCUAUUUGGUAUACAUAUUGGUUGGAUCAUUAUUUCGAUCAUAAUUUAAGUGGUGCUUAUCUUUUACGCGCAUGGCUGCCUGCUGCACUGCAGUUGAUUACUCGACUCGAAACUAAAUUAGCAUUUCUGUUUAAUGCCUACCGAAGGAGAAUGUUUGUAUGCCGCCAAGAAAAAGGCAUAUCAGUAUUAACUGUGGUAGCUUAUAUCUAAAAAUCAAUUUUGUCAGGAUGGAUCAACAUUCUUAUUUGUCGUUGAUUAGGGUAUUUCGCACUAUGUCUAUGUACCAAAUUAUUGUUACAUACUUCGGUCAAGUGUAAACACUGGAGCUUUUUCCUCUCAGCAUAAAUUAUAUCAUUCUGUGGAUAACAUUUGAUUUUUGAAAACAAGUCGAAUUUUGUCAUUUCAAUGUGACUGCUCUUGGUAUGAAUUGAAGUAGCUUAUGGAUAGAGUAUAAAAUUUUGGUAAUCAAUACCUUUAAAUUUUUAUCUGGAUUUCAAACACUGUAUAGUUAUCACUCAGUCAACGUAAUGAUUGCUUUCUGCACUAAUCCAAAAUGCGUUUCACAAUACAUAUAUGCACUGAACUUCACAUGUUUCUAUAAAUAUUUGAAUUCAGAUUUAAAAAUAAUUUUUGUAUCUUUCAGAUAUCAUUUUAAAUUCGUUUUUGAAUUUCGAAAAGAUUUUUAUCGAGAAUGCUAGUUUCCAAGGAGACAGGCAAGCAGAAUGGUUACGAUGUUAAUAGAAUAAACAGUUAAUGGUUCAUUUCCCAGUUGUUGAUUAACGACGCACAUUUUUACUUUACCAAUAUCCAGUAAAGUGUAAAUUCAUGAUUACAAAUGUAUGUUGAUGCAGCUUGCCAUUUGUUUGCCUCAAUUUCACUGUUAUAGAUUGUAAUGAAUCUAAAGGAUUUUGUGUUAGAUUAUUGUCCAGAUGCACAUUGUACUUAAUAGGCAACGGACAAUGCUGCAAAUCAUGAAAUAUGUCUCCUUGGAGUGUACAUUCAUCAGAAUGCUGUUAAUUCCUGAAAUCAUAUGAAACGACACGUUCAUGAUCAAUUGUUUGUAGUGUUUAUUCUCAUGUUGUAUCCCUUGUAAAUUUGGUUUUGCAUAUACUGACGAGUAAACUGUCAUCUUUUACCUAACACUGUUAGAAAAAAAAAAAUUCAAAUCCACGCAGUGCAUCGAGCGCGUAUCAAUCAAAAUUACCACUUAUUUCGGAAAUUUUUAAUUCGUGUAAAUACUUCAGCAUCUUGUGAUGCAUUCAUGGUUACAAAUAUGAUUUAUUUCAAGUCAAAGCCUUUUUGCUCUUGUCAUCUUGCUUACAGUCCCUUCCAAUAUGUAAUUCCAACAAUUUGUCACACACUCUUUCUUUUUUGGAAACAAGAAGGCAAAAAUAUCUUGGCUAUAGCUCAUGGAUUUGCGUUCGUUUUCAAUUGUUCUCUUUGUAUAGACUUCAAUCUAUUGGUUUUACACAUGUAAAGUAAUUUUAUUUGCUUCGCGAAUUUGGAAAAUUCUAGUGUCACCCAUUUUGAUUGAUAAUACUGCGCGAACAGGGUACGUCCAAAAACAAAUAGAGCAGAUAAACGAUGAAAUACCCUAUGGUAUCGCCAGUUUGAGAAGAGAUAUUACAUUGUAACAAUUACAGAAAACCGAACAAAGGCAAAAGCAUUGCGAGUGUACCAAAUUUGCUACCAGUAUGGUACAAAUUGGAAAUCAAGAUAGAUAUUUAUGAUAUUCCAAAAUAUAUAUUAUAACACAAUUCUACCCUUUUUACUCAUUAUUGUUCAUAGUAUCUCUACUUACAAAAUCAUAAUGAAAUGUUCCGAGUUAAUGUUAAUUGAGCUCAAAGAUAAUCAGACUAUUCAAUAUCAAUAACGAGAGUAAUUCAUCAUUAUAUCUGAUGGGAUUUUAAGUAUUUAAUAUAAAAAUUUAUCAACAACCUUUGCAGCGCACAAGCUGAGGCUAUUGCCUUGCUUGCUUAGAUUACUGAACAGUAUUUUUGAUUGUUAUAAUAUUUUACUGUUUUAUCUUAAAUAUUAUCUUAUCACUAAUUGUAAGAUUUCUGACAUUCAAGGUGGAUGAGUUUGUUACGGUGAUGUUGUUAAAUUUAAAUUCUUUGUCUCAAAGAACAAAUUUUUACUUUCAACUACACAUUGAGUCACUUACAAGCAACUUUGAUGCAAUCAUUUUCAUUCGUGCUGCAUGGAAACGAAGCUCAAGAAAUGACCACAAUUACCGUGGGCUAGUUUAUUCUUUUCUGUAAAUAAAAAAUUAAAUCAGUAAAGUCCACCUUGUCGGCGCAUAGAAUUUUAGAUUUGUAGAAGUUACUUCAGACUAUCUAAAAAUAUCUAGGAAUCUAAUAUUGCGAAUGUUUCCUCGUAUUUAACCUAUUCUUAAACAUAAUCAGUAUAAUAGUAAAAUUGGUGCUCAAAAUUAAAUACAUUGUGAUUAGGCUAGUUUGAUCUAAGAGUCUAGUGUUAUUGGGGAAGAACUGAUUUAGUUAAUAAGUUUGUCAAACGUUUUAUUUCGACAUGCUUAUCUUAUAAUCCGAUGGGAAGUUGUGUUUGGAAUAUUUUACUUGGUCGCAGUGUUUCUUUCUGCGUGUAUUAACUAACAAGGAGGCUUCUAUUAUCACACCCGUUUAAUUUUUAUCCUGUAAAAUGCACGAAAAAAACUUUACAACAUUAUUAACCACGAGAAUUAACGAUUAACGCUAACAGGAUAAAACUUUUCUCCUCUGUAUCUUUGUUAGUUAAAACACAUUCUCCAUAGGAUUGCCAAUGAAGUAGUUCUUGUAAAUAUGGUGUCAAAUAUAAAAAUAAAAUAACGUAAGUAGUGAUGUAAGGAUGAAAUAAUUGAGGUUUUGAAAACUUGAUAUGGUGAAUGGAAGCAACCCUGAAAGUUUGUAGUGUUAACAAUGGCUGUGAUAAGGAUAAUUGUUCAUUUCCAUUAGGGAGAAAAAAUAUAGUGGCUCGAAAGUGAAGUUUAACAGUUUAUUGCACAAUCAUUUGUUCGUCACGUAAAAUGGCAUUCACUGAACUUCAUUGCUAUUAUCUAGACGUUUGGUUAGUAUAAUAUCAACGACUUGGGAAAUAUUGAAACCUAUAAUCAUUUUUUAAUUCAGCCGUAGAGUUACUUUCCAAAAAAAGUUUUUCAUUGUAAACAGUUACGUCCUCGUACUGUCACCAUGUUAAGAACACAGAACCUGUGAAGUAAGAUUCAUUCAUUUUACUUGUUUCAAUUAUCCACUACUUCUGAAUAUCUGAAAACAUUUAGGUUUUAUUCAACUGAGGUGAAACAUAUAUUAUUGGUUUAGAGGAGUUGCCUGUUUAAUCAUUGAACUAGGCACUUUCGUGAGUUUUCUCUCUACGAUUAUGGAAUUUUAAUCAAGGAUGCUUAUCGGUAUUUGCACUCCUUCUAACAUUUUAUCUUUUGUUUUACCUUCAUCAAGAUAUUUUCUGGUUACAGCAUUUUAGUCGUAGUUUGAAGUACUUGUAUUUAUUAGAUAUUAUUGUUGAAAGAACAUCGGCACGGAUUGCUUAUUUGUCCACGCCCAUUGAUAUUUUUCCUCAGGGUAUUGGCAGUUUCAAUUCAGUAUUAUUUUUAUUACUAAAAGUCACGUUGAAACCGUGUGAACCAUACUUUAUUCACCAGUGACGUAUUGCUGGGUCUUUUCAUUUAUUGGUGCCCCUACAUUAACGAUUAACAAAAUUCUGUGUACUACGGAGUAUUUCUAAAGAUUCAUUCUCGUAUCGAGAAUUGUUUCUCUGAGUUCUCAGUUACUGAAAACAUGGAUAUAUCAAAGUUGUGUAUAAUUGUUCCUGAGUUAUGUUCUCGAUACCUUUGAUGUUCCAACCAUGUUUGAGCCUGUGACACUCGGUGUUGAUUAAAUUGAAACGGACAGUUUUUCAAACUGAUAGAUUCUUGUAAUGCUUAGAGAAUUGGCGAAGUAAAAAUAACGAAAAUUUAGAGAAAUGCCUGACAUAAUAUCAUUUAUAGCCUCCAAUAAUAUAUUCAAAUUUUCUUUUUCUUCUAUAAACUUGAACUCAACUGAACUAAAAUAUUAAAGUAAACAAUAAAUUCAUUAUAAAUACAUUAAUAUACCAGAAAUGGUCUGUGCAAUUGUUUAUAUACGUACAUGUUGUUGAGUGUUGAAUAAAAUUGUGAAUUGUACUUAUUUGUGCUGGCAAUUUUCGAUUGCUUCAGUUUUGUUAUAGUAGGUCUUAAAGAUAUCUGAUGAGAUACUCAAUUUUUGUCGGUAUUACUUUCUCAUAGAUUAAUUUUUCAAAAAAAUUUCCAGGGCAGAGAAUAUUUGCCUAGACGAAUUAGAAACGCGUUUUUAAAUCUAUAACGUUCCCCAAUGUUAACAGAAGACGUGUAUCGUGUUACUUAUUUCUCUUUAAUUAAACUAUUACAAAUAGAAUAUUGCUUUCUCUAUGAACCUGAUGUCCCGACGCUUUUGGAUUGCAACGUGGUGUCAUUUUUUUAAAGCAUAACUUGACUAUUUUUGUUCGUAAUUAUUCAGUUUACGAAAAAUAUGUUUAGAAUUUAUUUAUUAAUACAGCAUGCGAUGUUCUUAUCACUGCUGAGUUCAAUAAAUGCCAUAUUGAUGCAAUAUCCUACGGUUUUGUGUUUUUUUUUCUCUUAAAACUUUUCUGUAGUAAUAACAAUUUUGAAUCACGCAAAGUAUAAGUAUUAAUUUACAAAGAUUUGUGGUUCACUGUUUUGCAAUGAUCACCGAUUAUUCUACACAGUAGACACCACUGAAAAAUCACUUAUAGUUGAUUGAGUACGCGAUACAUAUGUUAGAAUUAGAUACUAAAAUUUAACAUCGAAUACCAAGUUUGAUACAAUGUUCACGUGUUUAUUCACACGUUCACAUUGCAUCCAAAUCUCGUAAUUCUUGUUCCAGUGUUUGAGUAAUAAAGGCAAGAACAAUUACCUAUUGAAAUUGAUAAAUCAAAUAUCAAAUAUUUUGAAGAAAGCAGCUUUGUGAAUUACGAGCCUAUUUAAUUCGUUGUAACAUUUGAUAGGUAAUAAAACUUGUUGCAAGUUCAACCAGUGAGUGAAACAUAUACUUUUCAAUAAUAUUGAAUUGUAUAAUGAAUUCGUGACAAUUUAAACUAUAACCACAAUUUAUUUCCUAAAAAUUAUUUGAUGUCAGAUAGGUCAUAAUAAAACAUAUUGUUCUAAGUAUUAGAAUGGGUUGCUUUUAAAUCUCUGGAAGGAUUAACAUUACGAAAUCUUGUAGAGCACUAAUUAUUAAGGAACAUUCAUAUUGUAAAAGCCACUGUCUUUGUCAAGGCUAGAAAAUUUAUGUAUAGUAUGUAUACCAUAAUUUGAAAUUCCGAAUCAGAUAGAUACGCUAGUAUUUGUGUACACUUGACAAAUGGUAAGAAAAAUGUGUGGUUGCAAUAGUGUACCUAGCAUAAUCAUCGAGCAUUUUAUAUGAUGAAUAAACUUACCAAGGAAUAUUUUGACGCAUUUUAGAAAAAAUGUAUAAUGAAAAACAAUUGUAUUAUAUGAUGAACUGCUCGAAUGUGACCAUUGGUUUAAAACUGUAAACAUCAAAUAACUAUCAAGUGAUGAAUGCACACGUUUAGCACUAAUUUAUAUGUUUUUACAGAACGGUUUAAAAAUUACCUACAUCUUUUUUCCCCCCAUCUACAGCAAUAGGCUUGAACAAAUAUUCCAAUCACUUUUGUCACAUCGAAUUGUUUUGAAUAAGUUGAAUCCACACAACGCUUAUUGGGCGCUGAUCUCCUUUUUCUGUAGUGUAAGAGUGAAGAACAUCAUUUUAUGUGAUCGAAACUGUUUGGAAUUAGUUUCAAGCCUAUCUAUUCAAGACUUGGAUUCGUCUCAGUGAAAGUUUGACGUUACGGGUAACAUAGCAAUUGGAAUUUGAUUUUUUUUUUUUUUGUAAGAGUAGGGUGUGUUCCUUGGC